GCUUUUUAGAGCUUGCUUUGCUAUGAAGUUGAAAGACAAGCAAAAGCUCCACCUCUUUCCCCACAAGGCCAUCUAGAUGUCACCACUUUCUUCUUAUGAAGAAAAUAAACAGACCUCUCAAGACCAAAUUUCUCCCAGCCUGACAGAAAGGAUAAAGUUGAUUUGAUGACGACACGACGUGGGAAGUAAAACAGAGUCCACACCUCGCCACGCUCGAAAACAAACUUAGAACAAGGAUCUAUUUAGCGAGGUGAGGGCGGAGCGACAAAAAUCGCGCUGGGAUCAACCGCAGCUGCGCACAUCGCAUUUCCGUGUCUCUCCCCCCCCCCCCUCCCUUCCCCGACCCAGCCUCAAGCUGUCAUGGCGGCCAGGCUGUUAAGUUUAUAUGCUCGCCGCCUUUUGGCAGCAGCGACAAUACGAGAGCUCCCGGCUGCCCGCGUUCGCUGGGAAUCCUCCAGGGCUGUAAUCUCCCCGUCUGCUGUGGAGAGAAAGCGGCCGCAAGAACCGACUACACUUUGGCAGGAGGACCCAGAACCCGAGGACGAAAACCUCUACGCGAAGAACCCAGACUUUCACGGCUAUGACCAGGACCCUGUGGUGGACGUCUGGAACAUGCGAGCUGUCUUCUUCUUUGGUUUUUCCAUCGUCCUGGUCUUUGGUACCACUUUUGUGGCAUAUCUGCCUGACUACAGGAUGCAAGAGUGGGCCCGCCGGGAAGCUGAGAGACUUGUAAAAUACCGAGAAACCAACGGCCUCCCCAUCAUGGAAUCCAACUGUUUUGAUCCCAGCAAGAUCCAGUUACCAGAAGAUGACUGAUGAAUUACUGAGUGGGGCUUAAAAAGCACUACUUUGUCUUCCCUGCCUGUUAUUCUUCUGGUUCCUCAGAGUACCUUAUUAAAGGGAUUGAAAGAA